CCUGUGUUUCAGUCCGUGGUCGUGUGUGUGCGUGAAGGGCUGGUCGGCCGCCGUGUGGAACGGCCUCCCGGAGCCACUGUUGGCCGCCGCCGCCGCCUCCUCCAGGUGCUCCGCCCCCGAGCCGUGGCUCCUCCCCGGCUGCAGCUCCGUCUUCGACAGUCUGGUCAGUAACGUGUCUCCGAUCCCGUCUCCUCCUGCUGUCGGCGGGCUGCGAGGACGAGAGCGAGCGGCCAGCAACAAACCUCGAAGGCCGUCCAUCCUGGAGAGAUGUAUCCUCAAAGUGUCCACCAGCAGCGUCGCCGUGGGGACGGACGAUCUGGACAACAAGAGGCCUCCUCCCGGCCGCUGCUACCCCCGACUCCCGGACCCGGCCAACACGGAGACCAACGCCGCCGUCCUGAAGCGACGGCAGAAACAGAUCCAGUACGGCAAAAACACCAGCGGCUACCAGAACUACCUGCAGCAAGUCCCCAAGUGAGAAAACACACACACACACACACACACACA